AAGCUCGCUUCGUCGCGCCAAAUGACAAAGACACCUCCAACUUCCUUCAACUCACUUAACCACCUCAUACCACCACGCUUUCUGCAACACAAAUAUAAUACGACCCCGUCGCCACCAGAACAACGCAAGUAAACCAUCUACAUCCAUCAAUGUCAUCGUCAGAUCCAGUCAAUCCCGACUUCGGCUCAGACGAAGAGGAAGAUGGCGAUCUUGACACCUCGCGCGACGUGAAGGAAGCCGAAGGUCAACCAGCCGCCACCGCCGCCGCGCCUGCGGAUGAAGACGACGAAGAGGAUGAAGAUGACGAGGAAGACGAAGAGGACGAUGAAGAGGACGACGACGUGCCCCAGCGCAAGCGCCGUCGCAGAUUGAACCACUUCUUCGAUGACGAGGCCGAAGUAGACGACGAUGAGGAAGAAGUCGACGAGGAGGAAGAAGAAGGCUUCAUCGCCGACGAAGAGCUUCCAGAGAUCAACGACCACAGAGAGUACCGCGAAGAGCACCGACACCGCGACCUCGACCGUCAGCAUGAACAGCAGCAAGCCGAGGACUUAGAGGCUAUGGCCGAAGAAUUGAGGAAUCGCCACGGUCGAUCUAAGAGAGGUCGUGGUCCUGACUCCGGACUCGUACCCCGUCGGCUGUUGCUGCCUUCCGUCCAGGAUCCCAACAUCUGGGGAGUCAAGUGUCGACCCGGAAAGGAGAGGGAGGUCAUUUUCUCGAUCGUCAAGAAGAUGGAGGAACUGGAAGGAACCAAGCGCCCGAUGCCCAUCAUUUCGGCUUUCGAACGAGAGGCAAUGCAGGGAUAUAUAUAUGUCGAGGCCUAUAAGCAGAGCGACGUUCUGGAAUCACUGACCGGUAUUUCGAAUGUCUACCCACGGUCUCCCAUGAUUCUUGUGCCGAUCAAGGAAAUGCCGGAUCUACUGAACGUCAUCAAGUCUGUGGAAAUUAUGCCUGGUGCGUGGGUUCGCUUUAAGCGUGGAAAGUACCAAGGUGAUCUAGCCCAGGUCGAGAACGUUCUUGCGAACGGCCUCGAAGUUCGCAUUCGCAUGAUGCCUAGGCUCGAUUAUGGCAACAACCUGGACAGAAAUCGAGAAGACCCGAAUCUGCCGCCUGGCCAGAAGAGGAAGCGAGUGGGUAAUUUCAACAAGGCCAAUACCGUCGCUGGUAGACCGCCGCAGCGCCUCUUCUCCGAAGCCGAAGCCAUAAAGAACCACGGGAAGCACCUGAGCAAAGGAACGACCUCUAAUAAUGGUCGCAAAAAUUUCACGUACAUGGGCGACGAGUAUGAAGAUGGUUACUUGGUCAAGGAUGUUCGGCUCACCUUCAUCACCACCGACGGCGUCAACCCGACACUUGAAGAAGUUACUAAGUUUGCUUCGACCAUUGACGAGGGUGCAGAGACGCUUGAUCUUAAUGCUCUGGCGCAGUCUCUCAAGACCUCCGUCUCGACGUACCAGGUCGGUGAUACUGUUGAGGUCUACGAUGGUGAACAGCAGGGUAUGAUCGGAAAGGCUGUUAGUGUGCACGGGGACAUCGUCACCAUGGACGUUAUCGAGGGCGACCUGAAGGGUAAGAGGUUGGAGGUUCCGUUCAAGGGCCUGAGGAAACGUUUCAGGGAGGGAGACCACGUCAAGGUGACUGGAGGCCGAUUCCGCGACGAAACUGGUACGGUUGUUCGCAUUCUCGAAGACAAGGUGACCUUGGUCAGUGGAGAAGAGAACAUGGAAGAGAUCACGGUUUUUUCCAAGGAUCUCCGCGAGGCCAAUGAAGGAGGAAUGUCCACGUCGUCUAAAUACGAUUUACACGACCUCGUACAGAUAGAUACAUCGACCGUUGGGUGUGUCAUCAAGGUGGAGAGAGCUUCUUUGCGAGUUCUCGAUCAAAAUGGCGACAUGCGUGUUGUUAUUCCAUCACAGAUCGCCGACAGGAUCUCUCGUCGUAAUGCGGUUGCCACCGACCGCAAUGGCUCAGAGAUCCGCCUCGGAGAUACGGUUAAGGAGGUUGCCGGUAACACUCGCACGGGAGUGGUCUUGCACAUCUAUCGUUCAUUUGUUUUCUUGCAUAGCCGCGAGAUCACCGAGAACCACGGCGUGUUUGUUUGUAGAGCGUCAAACGUGGCGACGAUCGUUGCCAAGGGAGGUCGUGUUGAUCAGGCCGCCGGGCCGGAUCUUUCGAAGAUGAAUCCCGCGUUGUUGAGGAACGGAGCUAGUGGUGGUAGCAUGAUGCCCCCUCCGAAAGUGGGUGGUAGAGACAGAACGAUUGGCCAGACCGUCACAGUUCGGCUCGGUCCCUACAAAGGCCUCAUGGGAAUCAUCAAGGACGCCACGGACCAUACCGCACGUGUGGAACUCCACACCAAAAACAAGACCAUUACCAUUGAGAAGAUGAAGUUGGGCUUCAGAGACUCCAUCACUGGCUCGAUCAAGAGCUACCAAGACUUUGCUCGUCCAGGUGGUCGUGGCGACGGUGGUGCUGGCAGUGGUGGUGGUGGAUUCCGGACCCCAAGUGGUGCAAGCACACCUAGCUGGAACAGUGGAAGCAGAACCCCCCAGAUCGAUCAUUCAGGUGGCAGAACUCCUGCUUGGAUGGCUAGUGGCGGAAAUCGGACACCCGCGUGGAUGGCCAACAAUGAUGGAGGACGUACGCCCGCGUAUGUGUCUGGUGGAAAGACUCCCGCUUGGGGUGGCGGUGAUGGAAGCCGGUCGGUAUACCAGGGCAACCGAACUCCUGCUUGGAACCCGUCGUCUCGAACCCCAUACAUUGCGGACUCGGAGCGCAGUGCCUGGGACGCCGGAUCCAAGACCCCUGGUCGACCUUCGGUCAUCGAUUCUUGGGCUCAAGAGUCCAGUAACUCCUCAAGCACCACAGCCCGCACCCCAGGUGCCUAUGGAGCUGCGUCUCCAGAGUUCCUUGCUCCGUCGUUUUCGGCCCCAACUCCCGGAAACCCGCUGUCCGCGCCCACUCCAAGCGCACCCACCCCGGGCCCGAUUUCGGCGCCAACGCCCUCUGGUUGGGGAGCUGAUACGGCCCCCACUCCAGGAGCUAGCGGCGGAUAUGGACGCGGCGGAUUCCCAAGUACUCCUGGUACUUGGGAGAUCGACGACGAGGAGUAGGUAGUGUGUGUAUGCGCGUGUGUGUGUUUGCUUGUGUGUGUGUUUGCUUGUGUGUGUGU